AUGCGAGCGGAGUUUACCCCUAUUGUGCGCGCUGCGGAGGAAGCCCCGGAGCACAGUCUCGCCAAGAGGGUCGUAACCUGGGGCGACGAGUCGGAGGGCGAACAAAGCCCAAAACCCCCGAGGGGUAGAACCAGCGGUCGCUACUCCCAACAACCAGCUCGUAACCCGAGCUUCAACGUACACGGCAUUCCAGCUGCCGAUCAUCCCGGGGACUCCCCCAAGUGGAAGCCCGCCAGGGGACAAAACACUUUCGGUGGCCAAGGCAAGGAGGCCGACGAGUGGUACGAUGGAGUGUCGAGCGAGAGCAAGAAACCCCACCGGGAAAAGCCAGCAGCGGUCGAGCGCAACCCCGCGGGCAUCGCCGCUGUCUACGAGCCAACUACGGGGGCGCGUUGCCCGACGCCCGACGCGACCGGGCUCUUUGCCUACCCGCCCGACUGCAAGUUCUACGUGACCUGCUGGAAGGGCCGGGCGUUCGUCAUGCCGUGUUCACCGGGCACGCUCUUCAGCCCCGACACCCUCGAGUGCGACUUCCCGGCCAAGGUCAAGUGCUACGGCGGCGAGCCGGCCGACUUUGCCACCGGACCGGACCACGACGAUGGCCGGAGCACGGAACUACUGGUCCAACAGACCCGCGCCAAUCUCGAGGCUGGCCAACGGGACGAGCCGGUGUGCCCGGCUAACUUGAGCGGCUUGAUGGCCUUGCCGUCGGAUUGCACAAAGUACGUCCAGUGCGCCAACGGCUUGGCUUACGUCAUGGAUUGCGGGCCGGGGACCGCUUUCAAUCCCAGCUCGAACGUCUGCGACUGGCCGCACAACGUACCCGGCUGCUCGACGCCACCGGUUGACGCUCCGUCGAGUCGGAAGAACCAUCAGAGGGACCAUUCGACGGUCCACGAGUACCCGGUGCAGGGCAGCUCGGAGAGCCAACCGGUUGACUCGCAGUACCAAGGGUCCUCGGCGGCCACUCGGUGGGAAUCUCGUGUCAUCCCGGGCCAUCAGUCCCCUCGAGCCGAAGACGACAGUGGGUACACGCCCGGUGCUCCGAGCCACGAGAUCAAUGGCCACGCUCACCCUUACGGCCCGCAACAGUUCCACGGUGGGCCCGUCUCGGAAGUUGAUGAGGCCUCGAGCGAGGAGGAUACCAGGUCCUCGGAGGCUGGUUACCACCGGGGAUGGGCCUGGAGCCAGCCAGUGGGAGAGAAUCGGCCGUACGUGCCUCGCGACAGGAGGCCGUACGCGCGCGAGGACGAUGGAUUGGCGGUCGACGUGAGAGCUCCGGGUGGAGGGGACGCCGGCUGGCGGGGCAUGGGACGAGGCUUCGAGCAGAGACCUAGUUACCCCGCUCGGGAUCUUCCCUCGACGACUGAACGUGUAAGCACGACGGUGACGAUAAAUCACAGGCCAUUCGAGAGGCCAGUAAGUCCAAAUAUUUACAACUCGGACAGCGAACGGUGGAUAUGGUCUCCAUCAUCGAAAAACGAAACGAUACCAGCCGCGAAAGCUCCUAGAGGACAAAUUUUUGAAGCAGAUCGCGGCACGGGGGUUCGUUCGACCGCAAACGGCACGAGAGGCCACUUCAUCACCCAAACACCUUUGAUCUUUCAAGGCCAUUCGCAAACGAGAACUCAAAAUUCAAGAGCUUUAAACGAAAGCCUUCCCUCUGCGAGCCACCGGCAACACGUCAUGACCAUACCGCCGCGACAUCCUGUCACUUGGAGGCCAUUUUUCAACACUCCUGCUUCACCGCGACUCAACGUUACAAUGAUUACUUCCACCGGUGUGGAAAAACCUAAACCCGAUUCAAAGUACGAGAGUCCGGAAAUUUUCGAUUCCAACAAAAAGAAGGAAUUCUCUUACAUCGGCAAUGCUGACGAUGAGUCCGAUGUCCCGACUGUAUCGAUUGAGUUGGAAGAGGAGUGGAACUCAUCGCUGCCCUUGCCCCCCGAAAAACCAAGCAAAAAACCAAUUGUCGGAAAAAAAUUCAGUAAAAAACGACCUGAAAAGGAAUCACCCAGCGAAUACGACAAUUUCGAGGUGGAGGUCGAAACCGCCGAUGGUACAAGAAACACGUGGAGACCACAGAUGGUUUUUAACAAUAGAACCGACAAGGACACGGACGACAAGUCCUCAGUUAUGAGGGUUAACAAACGUAAAAAACCGUCGUUUCUAUUGGAAGUUGAGUUGGCUCCGUUUUUGGAUGAAGAGCCACCUUUCCCGACUCACUAUACUCCGGAGAAAUCGGCGUCGCUGGUCGUCGAUUCUUUUAAAUCUGGCCAAGUUACUCCUUUGUCUGGUCAGAUCAUCCGUUUGAGAGAUGGUUCCCAACCGUCCGAAGGAUACGUAGAAGUUCAAGGCAGUCAGCCAGGAUGGGGCGUCGUUUGUGAUUCUAAGGAAGGAUGGACUCUCACGGAAGCUCACAUCGUCUGCAAGCAGUUGGGCUACGCGAGAGGUGCGAUCUCGGCUUGGCAAGGCCGUCCAAAAACGUCAGUGGUGCCAAAGUGGAUAGCAGCCAACGGUGUUACCUGUCACGGCAACGAGACCAAAUUCCAGUUUUGCAAGUUCGCGCACAAGCCUCAUUGUAACGUGGAACGUGACGCGGUAGCGGUGCGUUGUCUCCCGCAUCGAGUGGCUCACUGUAGAAACGACGAGGUGCCGCAUAACGGAAGGUGCUACCAUUUCGCCGAGCCGAGUCAAGCCUUCAGUCACUCGGAAGCUCACGAGUACUGUCAUCGACGGGACUCAAGGCUGAUAGACAUCGUCGACCAGCCUGAAAAUGACUUUGUUUCGGAGCUGCUGGUACAAAACCAACCGCACGUCGACUCCAUCAUGACGUCCGGUAUGGGUUUCUCGAUAGUCAACAGGACCAUUUGGACGUGGGAGGACGCAUCGGCUGCCAAAUUCAAGUACACCAAGUGGUGGUCGGGAUGGAUGGGGGACAAGAAAUCGGUACCGCUGGUCGGCUCGCGGCCGGUAUGCAUAAUAAUGACGAGAAAGUUUCCGUGCCACAAUUACCCGGACAAGUACUGCAAGACCGACUACUUCUUCUGGGAUGUCGAGGACUGCGCCAGCUCGAACAAGGGCCACGCCUACAUCUGCGAAAGAACUUACGACGACAUUGGAUGCAUGUACGGAAAUGGGAAUCAGUACUUUGGUAACGCGAGCGUGUCGUCGUCGGGAAGAGCUUGUCUACCUUGGUCCGAUCGCGAGGUGGCUCGCUCUUUGGUCGUGAAAGUGCCGGACAGGGACGUGCGAGAUGGCUUGAAAUCGCACAACCACUGUCGAAAUCCAAAUCCCAGGAAGGAAUCGAAGCCUUGGUGUUUCACGGGUCCCAGGGGCGAAUUGGAAUAUUGCGAUAUUCCACAUUGCGGCAAAAUGUUAACUAAAAGUCUUCACCUGACCGGCACCUGCAAACCAAAACACUUCGAAUGCCUUCCCGGCGAGUGCAUCCCUUCCCCGUGGGUCUGCGACGGUCAGGAGGACUGCACUAACGGAGCUGACGAGCGCAAUUGCAGAUUACACAUGAACUUUUUCAAGAAGUACCCAAAGCGCGGUCUCAACGGCUUCGAGGUCGAGAAGUGGCUGAACACACCGGCCAAAACGUGCGCGCUGCGCUGCAAAGAGGCAGACUUUACUUGCCGCUCGUUCACGCAUCACGUCAAGAGCAACAUUUGCUAUCUGUCCGAUAGCAACAUUGGCAUGACGGGCGCUCUGACGGAGAGCGACGAGCACGAUUACUACGAGAUGCGAGACCGGAGCAUCGAUUGCGACGACAUGUUUGUUUGCGCCAACGGAAAAUGCGUCGAUCGCGGCAAAGUUUGCGACGGCAAGAACGACUGCAUCGACAGAUCGGACGAGAAGACGUGCACGGCCGAGAAGUUGGAUUACGGAAUACGCUUGGUGGGCUCCAACCUGAGCCACGAGGGCAGAAUCGAAGUCAAAACUUUCGGCAAAUGGGGUCAAGUGUGCGACGACGGGUUCGACAUGAACGACGCCAACGUCGUUUGCAAGGAGCUCGGUUUCCAGCUCGGGGCACUCGAGGUGAAACCAGGCGGGUACUAUGGUAACCUCGAUCCUCCGGACGCGUUCAUGGUCGACCAACUCAAGUGCCACGGAAGCGAGAGCACCAUACGAGAAUGCGACUUUGAAGGGUGGGGCAAGCACGACUGCGAUCCGGGAGAAGCCGCGGGGGUCGUUUGCAAGACAGACGCCGACGUUUGUCCGAUCGACCGCUGGAAGUGCGACGAUGCUCCGAUGUGCAUCCCCACGCCCUUCAUUUGCGACGAGGUGAAAGAUUGCCCCGAUGGAUCCGACGAAAGCUCCCGGCACUGCGACGCCCCGUUCGAGUUGCGAUUGGCCAAUGGCAGCAGUCCACUAGAGGGUAGGGUCGAGGUCCGCCACCACGGGAUUUGGGGAACCGUGUGCGACGACGACUUUUCCCAAGCCGCGGCUACGGUGAUUUGCCGAUCGCUCGGCUACGGUGGUCCUGCCACGGUGAAAAAGAACGGCCACUUUGGCCCCGGCACGGGUCCCAUUUGGCUGGACGAGGUUUACUGUUUGGGCAACGAAACUCUGCUGAGCCACUGCGAGCAUGACUACUGGGGCAGGCACAAUUGCCACCACAACGAGGACGCGGGUAUUGUAUGCACCGCCGGUCCCAUUCCACACGAGUACGAGAGCAUGGCGGUGAGCUCGACAACUGCGUUCCCAAUUGACAUAGAUAUCAAUGAUCUGCUGCCCAGUGAAUGCGGCAAGCGUUUCGAGGACUUCGAUCCAGACGACGAUCUUAUGUACGCGAGGGUUGUUAAAAGCUCGAUUGCUCCUCGUGGGUCCUACCCUUGGCAGGCAAGUGUACGAGUUAGAGGUCAUAGUAAAUCUAAUCACUGGUGCGGUGCCGUAAUUAUAUCUCCACUCCAUGUUUUGACGGCGGCCCAUUGCCUCGAAGGAUACAAUAAGGGCACUUUUUUCAUCCGCGCUGGAGAUUAUGAUACAGAGGCUGACGAGGGAACUGAGCUCGAGGCAAACAUCGAAGACUAUUACGUUCACGAGGAAUUCCGCAAGGGGCGUCGUUUGAACAACGACAUUGCCGUUGUUUUGUUGAAAGGUCAAGGCAUCCCGUUGGGCCGUAACGCCAUGCCCGUCUGUUUGCCCCACGAAAACUUUGAAUACCCGGCUGGCUUGAAUUGUACGAUCAGUGGCUUCGGCAGCGUCGAACCUGGCUCCAAAUCGUAUUCUCGAAAGUUGAGGUACGGAUGGGUACCGAUUCUCGAACAGUCGGUGUGUAAAUCAGAACGCGUUUACGGGACGUCGAUUUCGGAAGGUAUGAUGUGCGCUGGAUACUUGUCCGGUGGUACGGACACGUGCGACGGCGACUCUGGUGGCCCAUUAGUUUGUUUGCACAACGGUGCCUUCACUCUUUACGGAUUAACAAGUUGGGGAUGGCAAUGCGGAAGAGCUGAUAAGCCCGGCGUGUAUUCGCGUAUCGCAUACUACAGAAAGUGGAUCGAACAGAAGAUCAAAGAAUCGAUGACUGGCAGAUAACAUGCGUUUUUUUUGUAAUUUAUACUUUUUAGUCAACGUGUACCGUAAAACUAUACGAUGCGUUAUUAAUUUUUAUUUUACAUAAUUCGUUAGUAACAUUUCAACUCUUGAAUACAACUCCAUGCGAUUCUAAUUAAGAUAAUCAAUGUACAAAAUUUCUGCAAUCUGUAAUAUGUGUUUACUGUUGAUAUUUGUCAAGUAGAUCUUAUCGUAUUCUAACAAUUUAUUUAUAAAUGUUCUUUCGACAAGUAACUACAAUGUUUGAUAUUUUUACUAAUUUAAUUAUGUUAUAGAUAUAAUUAUUUAUUCGAAUAAAAAUAUGACCAUAAGGUAGGGCUGAUUGUUACAUCCCUCGUAAUAAACAUAAUGAUGGCAAACAAUUUUUAUACUGCAUUAAAAUGAUGAAAAAAAAGUAAUGGCAAAAAAUUUUUCUCGAGGUAAAAAAAUACGUUACGCAAAAUUAUUGUAAAUUUUUCAAGGUAUUUCCAAGAUCAUUCAACAAUUUGAUUUUAUAAAAAAAACUGUUGUUAGACAAAUCAAAAUAUUUUAAAAUUGUGACAAAGCGACUGGCUGCGGGUUAUCCUCGACCGAUAACCUUAUACACGCAUUUUCCAGUUUACGGAGUUUUGCAAUAUUAUGAAACUUGAAAUCGAAAUUUCUGAUGAAAGAAAAAAAACCUACGAUUAAUGUUUACCGUAUCAGCUGUUAGUACAAUUUCACGCGCAAGAUCCACGCGGCGAGUGAUGGCGAUUGCCGAGCCGAAACUUCAAUAAGUAGCCUCGAUAGCUCGGCUUGCACUUCAGUCUAUCGCUCGGCUACGUUGUUGUGCAUCAAGCGCUUGCUCUCUUUUUUCGCUUACUUUAUAUCUCCAUAAGACGAUCUCAUUGUGUGUUUUUUUUUUUUUCCUUUUUUUCUUUUUAAUCGUUAACGUAAGUGGGAUAAAAAUAAAUUAGGACAUUGCUUGAUAAGGACCGUGAUUCAUUUUAUUUGGGUAUAUCUAAGUGAAUCGGGUGUCGCGAAAAAUUUGCUUUUGGUUGUUGUUGCAUCAUUUACUAAUAUCUACGAGCGUCGAAAAUAAAGUUUGCCAUAGCAAAGCCUGUUUAUUCGAAGUACCCAAAGAAACCAAGUGCAGCGAACACAGUGAUUCAUUGAUA